AUGUUAGAGAAAAAUUACAUUCAAUAUAUCAGUUGCUUUGUUGUGUGUGUGUGUAGCGAAAAAGAAGCGAAGACAUCGAUAUACUCUGUAUCCACAAAGUACUAUUAUGCAUUUGGCUGCAGGGUUCAUGAACCUUUGACUUACAAGAUUAGAUCUCUGCCUGAUGUUAGAUGGGUUCUACCAGAUUCAUUUAUAGUUGAUGGUGACAAUCGAUAUGGAGGAGAGCCGUUUCUCGAUGGAGAGAUUGUUCCAUACGAUGAGAAGUAUCAUGCGGACUGGUUACGAGAUCAAACUGAUGAGGAUGCUAAGAACCGAGUAGUCAAAAAGAAGCCUAGGAGGAAAAGAAAGAAAAAGUUGAUCUAGUUGGAGAUAUUUGGUAUUUGGAAGUCUUUUUGCUUCAGUGUGGCACUCAAGCUUGAAGAUUUUCUGGAAUGCCUUCUAGUGUUACUAAUUUGAGCUCGUUGUAAAGAAUCCUAGGUGUAAUGUUAGAGAAAAAUUACAUUCAAUAUAUCAGUAUUCAAUAAAUUUGAGGUAUUGAGUAGAUUCCA